CUGGACUUGGUAACUUCGGAGUGUCCGCCGGUGUCACGUCCUGAACAUGAGCCUCCUCCUCUCCUUCCACCUGCUCGGGUUGCUUGUCGGUAGCGGGCAAGCUCUUCUUCAAGUGACAAUUUCACUUAGCAAAGUAGAGCUUAGUGUGGGUGAAUCUAAAUUCUUCACAUGUACAGCAAUUGGUGAGCCUGAGAGUAUAGACUGGUAUAAUCCUCAAGGAGAGAAGAUAAUUUCAACACAGAGGGUAAUGGUACAAAAGGAGGGUGUCAGGUCACGAUUAACCAUCUACAAUGCGAAUAUAGAAGAUGCAGGGAUAUAUCGUUGUCAAGCAACAGACGCCAAAGGACAGACGCAAGAAGCUACAGUUGUUUUGGAAAUUUACCAAAAGCUCACUUUCAGAGAAGUGGUAUCACCUCAAGAAUUCAGACAGGGAGAAGAUGCAGAAGUGGUCUGCCGAGUUAGCAGCUCCCCCGCACCUGUGGUCAGCUGGCUGUAUCACAACGAGGAGGUCACCGCGAUUUCCGACAAUCGGUUUGCUAUGUUAGCCAACAAUAAUCUGCAGAUUCUCAACAUCAAUAAAAGUGAUGAAGGAAUAUACAGAUGUGAAGGAAGAGUGGAGGCCAGGGGCGAAAUUGACUUUCGUGAUAUCAUUGUCAUUGUUAAUGUGCCGCCAGCAAUCAUAAUGCCUCAGAAAUCCUUUAAUGCCACAGCAGAGAGAGGAGAAGAGAUGACAUUGUCCUGCAGGGCCUCUGGCUCUCCUGAGCCCACCAUCUCCUGGUACAGGAAUGGCAAGUUCAUUGAAGAAAAUGAAAAGUACAUAUUGAAAGGAAGCAAUACAGAGCUCACUGUGAGGAACAUAAUCAAUAGUGAUGGGGGCCAUUAUGUCUGCAGGGCCACAAACAAGGCAGGAGAAGACGAGAGACAGGCAUUCCUCCAAGUCUUUGUGCAGCCUCACAUAACACAGCUGAACAAUGAGACCACGGCUGAGAGCGGCCAGGUCACGCUCACCUGUGAGGCCGAAGGGGAGCCUCUUCCCGAAGUCACCUGGAAAAGGGCCGCCGACGGAGUCACGUUUUCCGAGGGCGACAAGAGCCCGGACGGCCGUAUCGAAGUCAAAGGGCAGCAUGGAAGCUCAUCCCUGCACAUUAAAGACGUGAAGUUGUCAGAUUCGGGGAGAUACGACUGUGAAGCUGCGAGCAGAAUUGGAGGGCACCAAAAGAGCAUGUACCUUGACAUCGAAUAUGCUCCAAAGUUCAUAUCAAACCAAACAAUUUAUUACUCUUGGGAAGGAAAUCCGAUCAAUAUAAGCUGUGAUGUGAAAUCUAAUCCCCCAGCAUCAGUCCAUUGGAGAAGAGAGAAGUUAGUCUUGCCAGCUAAAAACACCACUCAUUUAAAGACAUAUAGUACAGGGAGAAAGGUGAUAUUAGAGAUCGCACCUACAUCUGAUCAUGACUUUGGACGCUAUAAUUGCACAGCCACUAACCGUAUAGGGACAAGAUUUCAAGAAUAUAUUCUCGCUCUGGCUGAUGUGCCAUCCAGUCCCUACGGGGUGAAGAUUAUAGAGCUGUCACAGACCACAGCCAAGAUUGCUUUCAACAAGCCGGAUUCCCAUGGAGGUGUGCCUAUCCAUCACUACCAAGUGGAUGUCAAGGAAGUGGCAUCAGAAACCUGGAAAAUAGUACGCUCCCAUGGAGUUCAAACAAUGGUUGUUUUGAGCAACCUGGAACCAAAUACAACUUAUGAAAUCAGGGUUGCAGCUGUGAAUGGAAAGGGGCAAGGAGACUACAGUAAAAUAGAAAUCUUCCAAACGUUACCAGUUCGUGAACCAAGUCCCCCCUCCAUACAUGGGCAGCCAAGCAGUGGGAAGAGCUUUAAACUCAGUAUCACCAAACAGGAUGAUGGAGGAGCCCCUAUCUUGGAAUACAUUGUGAAGUAUAGGAGCAAAGAUAAAGAAGACCAGUGGCUGGAGAAAAAGGUGCAGGGAAAUAAAGACCAUAUUAUUUUGGAGCAUCUACAGUGGACAAUGGGGUAUGAGGUUCAAAUUACAGCUGCCAACAGAUUAGGAUAUUCAGAACCAACGGUCUAUGAGUUCAGCAUGCCGCCAAAGCCCAACAUUAUUAAAGACACACUUUUUAAUGGUCUUGGGCUUGGAGCAGUUAUUGGCCUGGGAGUUGCUGCACUCUUGCUAAUCCUUGUGGUAACAGAUGUCAGCUGCUUCUUUAUUCGACAAUGUGGGUUAUUAAUGUGCAUCACCAGGAGAAUGUGUGGGAAGAAAAGUGGCUCCAGUGGCAAAAGUAAAGAACUGGAAGAAGGAAAAGCUGCAUACCUGAAAGAUGGAUCAAAAGAGCCAAUAGUAGAGAUGAGAACAGAGGAUGAAAGAAUCACUAAUCAUGAAGAUGGAAGCCCAGUAAAUGAGCCAAAUGAAACCACACCACUAACAGAACCUGAAAAAUUGCCUUUAAAAGAAGAGAAUGGGAAAGAAGUCCUAAAUCCAGAAAAUAUAGAAAUUAAGGUUUCUAAUGAUAUCCAAUCAAAAGACGACGACAGCAAAGCAUAACACCAAGAUUGCAGAGGCUUGAACAAUUCUACAAAGAGCAUUUGGAUUGCAGUGACCCUAUGACCAAAACUAUUCCAUUGACCUUAAUUUCUUGGGAAACUUCUAGCUUGGAAUAGCUUGUACACAUAUACAUAUGAUCAAAUACUCCUGCCCAUGGUCCAUUUCCUUUGUUGUUGUUGUUGUUGUUGUUAUUGUUGUUUAUUUUGUUAAGAAAUUCUAUAUAGAGACCUGACUGGCAACAACGCUUGGGUAUCAAUUUGACUCUACGAUUUGAUUCUAUGAUUGAAGAACUGCAAUGUAUUAGAUAGCUAAAGUGCUCUACUUCUUAAGAACUGUAUUUCAUACCACAACCUCUCCAACAAACAGGGAUUUAAACAAAACAAACAAAAAAACAAAACUUUGUGAGCUAAAUGUAUAAGAGAGCCCUGCAUGUUUUUAAUUCUCUCUUGAGCAAAUAGAAUAUUAAAGGGGAUUUCAGUUGAAGAUGAAAUCACGUAAUCAAGGUUACACUAUUUUAUCAGGAGAACUUCAGGGAACUCGGGCUUGAAGAAGCCAGCUGUCUUGAGCAGAUAUUAAAAAUGGAGAGAAACUUUGGAAAACUCUUUUUUAAGUUACAAUUACGUUGAUUUUUGGUAGACUGAAGUGCCAGAUCAAAAUUGUUACCCACUUGAAUGAAUAUUAGUUGUAUGUAAAAUUAGAUUAGAAAGAUUCCGUAAAUCUCUCUUUCUAUAUGCCAUAUUCACUCACAGUGGACUACACACACACACACACACAAAAAUAUGUAUUGCAAGUGAAAAUAAUAUUGACUUCUGCCCUCAGCUUCAAGUAAUAAAUUAAAUUGAAAUGGGAACAAUAUCAAUGCUGUCUUGAUAUAUUUAUAGAUUUGUGAUUAUCUUUUAUUUUUAAAUAAUUUUAUCAAAAAACAGAUCUUUAGCAUUUUAAUACUUUAAACCAUAUCUUCAGAUACAUUUUUUUGCCCAUUGCUUUAAAUAAUCUUUGUUUAAAAAUUCAUUUUUCAAGUGUUAUAGGUCAAUCGUAAAUGUAAUUGGCUAAUGGAGGUUUGGUUGAAUUAAGGAGAUGUUAACAUUUAAACAUGCAUGAAAGUGUCAAUGCUAAACAAUUGAAUUACUACCAUCUUUUUAUUCUGGAUGUUGUAGCUAGAAGUCAUUUUAAGAUUUUGAUCAACAACUUUGGUUGAAGAAGUCCCUUAACUGUUCAACACAACUUUCUAAUAUUACUCAUUAGGGCCUAUACCCAAAUACAAUACUUAUUAAUUUCCAAGCUAUGCAAGCUCCCAGAGGUAAAAGACUGAAACAUAAUUUUCAAUUAUAUAUAAAGUUAAAAAAAAGUAUUUAUAAUUAUAAGUAUACAUACCAUUGGGAGCAGGUUUUAGAUUAUUUAUCCUAGAGAGCCAAAGGUUUCUUUAGGCCCCAUCACAUUCAUAACCGUUAGUGUUCGAGGUGGUAUAACAGCCCAAAUAUUGAUUGUUUGGGGAAUGCCUUCCAAUAAAACUUUGGAGGGAUGUUCUAACAGGGCAGAGCGCCCUGCUUCAGGCUGUCUCCCUAUGAGAGAGCCUGAUGAAUAUGAAAUGCAAUGUGAAUGCCACUUAGGAACACUUUUAUAGACAGAGUGCUGGGAACUGUCAGCCGAGGAGAGACAGCUAACUAAUUUUACAAGAUCCUGGUUAUCAGUAAGACAGGAUCUGCCCAUCUGCACGUUCCGGCACUAACUCUCAUCUUUGCCAGAAUGUAGAGGUUCCGAUGCAGGAAUCUCUCCUUGCUGUUCUUUCUGGCAUAUUCCGAAGAAAAAGAAAAGACUUCCGUGCCUACCUAAGAAUUUUAGUAGGAAUUAUCCAACCGGUCUUUUUCAUGGAUUUGUUGCUGUUUAAAUUAUGAUUCGUCUCAUUAUCUGUUUGCUUUGCUUUACUGUUUUUUCACCCUUUCGUAUCAAUGUGCUAAAACUAGUCAAAAUACCUGUGCAAGGUAAGUGGAUUUAGUAACUGUCAAUGAAGCAAUAGCCAUGAAUGCUAAUUCUUCCCGGAUAGGGCUACCUGGUUUUAAACUAACGAUGGUGAAAGAAUUAGGAAAACUUAGAAAGCAACUUAGCAUGUUUACUAUUGUUAUAUUCGUGCUGUACUUCAAGAGCAGAGAAGUCAUAAUAAAGAACAAAUAUUUUUGUGUUUUUUCAGUUUAAAAGUUCUGUUUCUCUCCUUUCUUUGAGUUUUCCAUGUAAAGCAAUUUACUUAAAUAUUACUUUAAUAUAUAUUUGCUGUUGAAUUUCUUGCCACUAAUGUGGAGUAAAGAUCUGGAGUUAGCAGGUCAUCUGGAACUGAUUGUAGACAUUGUUUCAAGUGCACUGUUUCAAUCGUCAGAGUGGUCUUAUCUCUUGUCUUUGAAACGUAUGCCAUGCAGGAGCAAGGCAAUACUGUGAUAAACAUUUUUUUUUUCUUUUUUUUAAACAUUUUUAUGUAAUGCUCCAAAUUAUUCUAUUUGUAAAACUUUCCAUCUAAGGGAUGGAUUUUAGUAAAUUGUAAAAUAUGAACAGAACUGGAAUCAUGUUUCCUGUUUUUCAUUCUUACUCUAGACUAAACAUAUCCAUGUAACUAUAUAAAUGUUAUUUUUACUGUCUGAGAGUACUCUUAAGUGUUAGUAUCAAAUGUCAAAAGAGUUGACUGAGCAUAAGUAUGUUGAACAAUCUGAACCUGUGGUACUUUAAGCAAAGAAGCAAAGAUAUCACUAAAAAAUAUUGGUAUUUCUAGAUUAUGUGCAAUUAGGCAAUGACAAUCUAUAUUCAACAACAUAAGAGGAAACAAUAAUAUCAGCAUUUUAGAACAUAUUUUGUUUUUUAAAACUGGCACAAAUUAAUAUGUUAAUGUAUUUUACAAUAAUUUGCAAAGAAAUUUAAUUAAGAAUUGUAAUUUCUAAUGAUUUGUUACUUUUGUGUGUCGACAUAUUACCAUUCUAUUGAUACUAAUGUCUAACAUUAAUGUAAUGCUGUUCAAGUUUUCCUUUAUUUUUAAUAUUAAUACCUAUAGAAGCAUUUUUCAAAGGCUAUUUCAUCCAUGAACGUUUACAUGAAUCUUAGUCUUUGUAUUAAACAUGUAUAUAAAUAGAAGGAUUUUAUUAAUCAAAUUAUUUAUUUGAGUGCCAAUAAUUAAUUAUAAUUUUAUAUUCAUACCUUUAUUUUAUGCUUAUUUUAAAUAAUUAAAAUGUAUUUGUGCCUUUAGAUUAGCACGAGAGUCUGCUUUUUAAAAGAAAAAAUGCAACUGCAGUCUUCAUUGAAAUAUUUUGCUCCUGUCUGUGACAAUGAUACUGCCUUAGUUACACUCAGUGAACAAGCGCAGUUCAAACUACUGUUCCAUGAGUACAAAGUCUAAAUAUAACAAAUUAUACUGAGCAACUUAUUUCCACUUAUGACAAAACAAUUCUUGUAAUGCACACAAAAUAUACAUAAUUAGUUCUGUAUUGUUCUAAACAAUAAAUACAUUCUAGAUAUUGUCGAAAUUUAGUAUCACCAGUUGUAAAACAAAACAACAGAUGACUUUUUAAAAUAGGUUGAAUGAUUAUGGUGUCACUCCGGUUAACGUUAUUCCUGGUAUAUAUUUGAUUUGGGAGCACAAACCAUCCCUUAUUGUUAAGAUGAUCGAUGAUCAAAAUAUCUAAACCGAAGUUUUAAAAAGAAUAAUCUCCAUUUCUUAAUUUAAAAAAAAAUAGAAUAACGUAUUGCAAUUGAUUGUUAAAACGGCAAUGUUCUUUUUCAUGGAAAAUAAUGUAAACACUUAAUUUCGAUCCUUUAUGGAGGUCCGUCCAGAAUGCUUAUUGGACAAACUUAGGAGUAUGUGAAGCUAUAUUUUUUAUGAGAUUGUUUCCAUUAUUUACCUUUACAGAUAAAAUAUUUGCAUCCCAUUAACCCGUUGAAGCAUCAUUACAUUUUCUCUUACAUUGAAAUUGCAUACGGAUGUAUUAGCUUAUGCUAAAAUUAAACUGUGGGAAGUCACAGAAAUGAAGUCUUUCAAUCCUAAAAAAGUCUUUCAAGAAAGUAUUCAACUCUUGGGCUUAAUAAUGUUCUGAGAUGAAAUAAUUACAUGUGUAAAUGAGAGAGAUAAAAGGGCCCAUAUUUAGUAGUUGCUGAACAAAUAUAAUUUCCUUCCAGGUCCCUUCUCUCCUUUUUUAAAAAUUUCCCUAUGUAGAUGCAGCUAUUUUAUAACAUUAUAUGAGAGUACUAAUUGAUUAAUUAUUCUCCCUCAUAUACUUUUAUAUUAUAUAUAAUACUUAAUAUUUAUUUGAUAACACAUUUAAUCUUCUUAGAAAAAUAGUUCAUUAGUCACUAUAGAAUUUUAUCAAUGACCUUAAUACAUUAGUUGAUACCCUGUCUAUAAUUUUUUAAAAUAAUUUUUAGGAUUUAGGCCACAUGAUGUUCAUAAUUAUUAAUAUAAAAUUGCCCAUAUAAAUUUAAUAGCGCCUGUCUAAAAAAAUUUUUUUUUCUGAAAUGAAAACAUCUUUUGGCAUCUGGUUUUAGCUUUCCUUGGAAAAGAAUUAGCAAAACAAUGACUGUUGGAGUGUUUUAAAUCACAACCAGGCAUAUGAGAAUAGAGGAACAAAGAACUGAGUCCAGAAAGGCAGACUGAAAUCCUACAUUUUGAAUAGGUAAGGAUUUAGUGUGAGAAUAACUUGAGCAGGGACUGGGAACAUUGCUUAGAUGAAAAUUAAUACCACUUCUACUGAUGCAAAGGAGAAAACGAAGUGAAAUCCAAAGGAGCAAGUUACCAUUAGAACCUAUGAUUCAAUUUUGCAAAUAGGAUUUUUUUAGAGAACAACAUGCAUUAUAUAAAAUAAAUGGUACUGUUAAGAGCAAAUAUAUUUGUUUCAAUUCUUCAAGGAAUGUUCUUGGUUUUGCAUUUGCCUCUAAACUCUGUUAGGAAUACGUGAACUUCUUAGAAAUAAAAGUUUAAAAAAACUUUUUUUUAAUGGUAUGUGAAUUCUAUGCUGUGUUCAGUAUGCAUUAAAACAUAGUGUUAUUUUCUUUAACUUAUAUAUUCCAUUCGAAUUCUAUAUUCUUCAGUUAGUUAGCCACCACAAGUUUUUCUUAUUGUUUCAAUAGAGUAUGUCCCUAUGAAAUGCUGUAUAUAUAUGUCUAAACUGUAAAAAUUAUAAUGCAAAUGUUGAAGUUUUGUAUUUAUGAGAGACAUUGAAAGUAUGGCUUACAGUAAGUAUAUCAAAAUUGUCACUUCACCAUUUGUAUAUUAAUAGUAAAUAUACUUUUACUUUAAUAAAGUGUUGCAUUUUAUGUUUAUUUUGAAUAA